CCGUUGUGAAUAUGUGAAUAUAUUUCGUUCAAGUUGGUUUUAAAUUAGGGAAGCAAUGAAGAUUCGAGAGUUUUGUCUUUAGGAAUCGGAAACUUUUACAGAGAACUCAAUGACUUUCGGACCGAACGACGGUCGUACGUUCCUUAAAAACGACGUAGUUGUUGUAGGGUUCAAGGCGUCUUUCUCCCCUCCUAUCUCCGUCCUAAAACCCUAUGACUCGUGCUAACUAUUUUGCAGAGGCUCGCUCGUGCCCUGUAAAAAUCAGAAAUGGCGUCUUUCUGCGGACAAGCGCUGACGAUGAGUUCGAGGUCAAUUGCCUCCAAGUCCGUGUCCUCGCUCCAGAAAUCCGUGAACGCGAGGCGUGUCUCAGCUCUUCUCCGUUCGACGACAAGAUCCACGCCCUGCUUUCCCAGGGUGGUUUCGGUUUUGGGUGGCGUGGAGUCGCUAAUGCCUCUCCACAGUGCCAUCGCCUCGGCUCGGCUUAAGUCGAACAUCGCCGUCGAUACUCGUUGUUGGAGCUGGCUUUCUCAGGGAAUGGCAGUACCAUUGUGACAGAGCUUUACCUGGUUUACCCAAGGCGAUUGAAUGCAUAAGAUCUUUUUCUUUACCAAUCUUUUGAAAGGGAAAUUGUCACUUCAGUCUUGAAGCUUCUGGUUGAUUCUGCAAUGCAGUGUAUUUAAACUGCAGUAGCAAGCUACUUAGCACAUUGGAUUAGUUUCUCUCUUGGAUUUGUUUAUCCGUGAUUGUAAUAAGUUUUCUUCUGAUAACCAUUUGGGAUGACAUAGAGUGGAGAACAAGCACAAACUUGUCUUUUCAUAAUGAUUCUCCAAUGGUUUCGGGUAAA